AUGCGGCCAACGCUCGAAGAGCUGAUGCCUCAGGCCAAGCACUUCACGGUGGCCGAGUGGUGGGUGCACCAGAGAGCUGGUGAUCAGUGGCACGGUCAUCCACUACAUUUCGACACCAAUGAGCAGCUCCUGCGGGACAGCUUUGGAACCUCUGUGGAGCACCCUGCUGUGAGCAGCGUGGUUUACCUUUGCCAGGACACCCCUCGUUUCGGUCCCACCCUGGUCACUGACCAACGGCAUGGGGGCGCCACUUUGGGCGGCGGAAGCGGUGCGCUGGUGCGACCGCGGAUGGGGCGGCAGCUCUUUUUUGAUGGUGGAUACCUACAUGGAGUGAUGCCAGGGAAACCAUGGAUGGAGGAGCCUCACCAUCCUGGACGUCGUCUCACCUUGAUGGUCGGCUGGUGGACCACGCCCAUCCCCACCUCUCCGGCCACCGAUCCCCCUCGGCCGCUCAUGGAGGGUGGCGGCCGUUGGCAUCGCGAGCUCGGCGGCGCGGGCGUGGCUGCCUCGGCCGCGGCCUACGCGGUGGAGGCGGUGGAGGUGAAGAUACCAAGCACAUCGCCCAUUUGGACGGAUGUGCCUGGCUCCGUGAGCAGCGACAUCAUGGUCGAUCCACCCUAUGGGCGUUUCUUCCUGCGAAGUCGGCAACAAAUUGAUGAGGACUUGUUCAACUAG